UGGUAGGAAAAUAAAAAAAAUUAGGGCAACACAAACAUGUGACGUUUUCGUGUGAAUUGUUGCAAAUGGAAAAUGGCGUUUGUGUUGUAUUGAAGGCCUGUAAACAUACUUUGUACAUUGUGUGUAAAUGAACAAACUUCUAGUGAAUAUACUAGUUUAUACUUUAAUGUUAGUUAGUGAUAACUAUAAAGUGGACUGAUGAGUUUAUUGACCGAUGUCUGCCGUGGCUCCCACUAUCCCCGGGGCUGACCCAUCAAAGGAUAUACAAAAACGCCGUGCUGGCAGUGUCGGGUCAGAUGAAGACGACGCAAGUGGCGGGAAAUAUACAAGGAUGGAGGAGGACAACAUUCAAGACAAGGAGAGAUUUGCAAGCCGCGAGAACCACUGUGAAAUUGAACGUCGUAGAAGAAACAAGAUGACGGCAUAUAUCACGGAACUGUCUGAUAUGGUUCCAACAUGUUCGGCGCUUGCGCGCAAACCCGACAAACUUACCAUACUGCGUAUGGCAGUAGCCCACAUGAAAGCCCUAAGAGGCACUGGCAAUACUUCUACGGAUGGUACUUAUAAACCUUCGUUCUUGACUGAUCAAGAACUUAAGCAUCUAAUACUAGAAGCAGCUGACGGGUUUUUGUUUGUAGUAAGCUGCGACACGGGGCGUAUUAUUUACGUCAGUGAUAGUAUAGCUCCAGUACUAAACUAUUCACAGGGUGAGUGGUACUCAUCUUGUUUGUAUGACCAAGUACACCCUGACGACGUUGAAAAAGUUAGAGAACAGUUAAGUACUCAAGAACCACAAAACACGGGACGUAUUUUGGAUCUUAAGACUGGAACUGUAAAGAAAGAAGGACACCAAUCGUCUAUGCGUCAAGUAAUGGGCUCUCGUCGAGGUUUCAUCUGUCGUAUGAGAGUUGGCGGAUCUGCAGAAGGUGCUCACCUAGGAAGACUUCGCGCUCGAAAUUCGUUAGGUCCUUCACAUGACGGUCAUAACUACGCAGUCGUCCACUGUACAGGAUAUAUAAAAAAUUGGCCCCCGACAGAUCUAUUUUCAGGUAUGCAGAUGGAUCGUCCUAUUCAGGAAGAACUUGAUACGUCUCAUUGUUGUCUGGUCGCUAUUGGGCGAUUACAGGUAACGUCGACUCCCAACGCUUCAGAAAAUAGUUUAUGUAGUGGAGGCGUGGAGUUUGUGUCGCGACAUUCAGUGGAUGGUCGCUUUACUUUUGCUGAUCAACGAGCAACGCAAGUCGUCGGGUAUGCGCCUGCGGACUUGUUGGGAAAACUUUGUUAUGAGUUUUACCACCCUGAAGACCAACAGCAUAUGAGAGAUAAUUUUGACCAAGUAUUAAAAUUAAAAGGCCAGAUUAUAUCGCUGAUGUACCGGUUUCGUACAAAAAGUAGAGAAUGGGUCUGGUUAAGAACUUCUGCGUUUGCUUUCUUGAACCCUUACAACGAUGACGUUGAAUACAUCGUCUGCACCAACACUCUGGCCAACCGAUCUUUAGGCAGCUCUACUGGUGAAGCAGCACCAGAAGAAAACUAUGAUUAUCAUUUACGACACCGGGACGUGUACCAAGCACAGGCGCCUACUCUCCAUCAGCAACACCAUGCACCGCCAGGCGGCGGCGGCGGCGGCGUGAGCGCGCGCUCGCCGGGCGAGGCGGGCGUGGCGGCGCCCGCGCCCGCGCCCGCCUACGCGCCGCACUACGCGCCCGAGUACUCGCCGCACCGCCCCACCAACACGCCGCCGCACACCACUUGGACCACGCUGCGCACGAGCGGCGGCGGCAGCGGCGAGAGCUACGCGUACAGCGGCGAGGCGGGCGGCGGCGCGGCGGGCGGCGCGGCCGAGGGCAGCCCGGCGCGCUCGCCGCCCGCGCCCGCCUACCUUCCGCCCGCCGCACACUACCAUCUUAACCACCAUCCGCAUCCCUCUCACGGCAUGUGGUCGUGGCAAGGCGCGGGCGCGGGCGGCGCGGCGGCGGGCGCGGAGGGCGCGCACGCGCCGCACGAGCUGUCCGACAUGCUGCAGAUACUGGACCAGAGCGGGACCGCCACCUUUGAAGAUCUGAAUAUUAAUAUGUUUAAUUCCAACUUUGAGUAAUGUUAUUCUUAUUAACUUAACUAAUGUACAGUCGAGAACAGUAUUUUUUAUCAAUCGAUCAAAAUUAUAAUUGUAUAAUCAAAAGAUCCUGCUUUGGCAGAAUGUUUUUAUGUUUUUAGCCGUAAUUUGACGUUACGGAUAGGUCAGAAUAUUAUAAAUCUGUGCAUGUAAAAUAUUUCUUAAUUCGAUAAGUAUAAUAGAAUGUUUGCUGCUUUCGUGUGAGUCAUCUCUCAUUUGCCGUGCACAUAUUUGUAAUACCUUAACCCAAUAGCUUAACUACCAUUCCAAAGAGCUCCUUAAUACAGUACUUACACAAAAGGUGUGUAUACAAAUGUCUUGUAGCAGUGAAACAAAAAAUUGAUAAAAAUACUAUUAAGAUCUUGACUGUACCUUAUUUGAUCCAUGCAAAUUUAAUUCGUGAAUUAUGAUAUAGGACUUACGACGAAAAUGAACUCAUGUCAAAAACUUAAAUGCAUUGGUUAGAUAAUUAAUUGACUAAAAGUUCAGUAUAUUUUAAAAGUAUGUCUCAUUAUUUUGUUAAGGAAAUAUUUAAAUUUAUUUCCGAAAGAGUUAAUUAUUAAAAGACUCUCUUAUGGGCUUAAUAUUUGCAUUGAGAUCCGGGAGACACUAAAGAGACAUGUAUUGAUUCAGCACACUUACAUACUUAGAUUUCCACUUAGAUUUUGAUAAACCCUAUUUAAAUCUGAAACCGAUUUAACCAUUGUGUUUAAAAAAAAUACCAAGAACAAAUUGUUCUAAUGGUUGAUACCAUGUUACAUAAUGAUUGCUGAUGUGAUGACAACUUUAAUUCAAUAUAAUCUCCUGGCAUUAGUGGAAAUAUUAUAGGGUGUUUUGGUAAUGAUGAUUCUGCAAUAUUUUAUAUAAUUGUAAUUAAUGAAAGAAAAUUAAAUAUCUUAUAUUUAUACACAGGCUUAAAAUUUUAAACAAGCAAUAUUGAUUGGACUAUGUUUGAUUGAUAUUAAUGGUACGCCGAAUAGAUAUCGAAGUCUUUUUUAUUUGAAGCACUAAGUUAGGUCAUUCUUAUACUUUUACGGGAAGCAUUAUCAAGGAAACUACAAGGAAUAUUUACAAUAAAUGUUUUUAAUCUGACUAAAUAAAUACACAAACUUCGGCAGCUAAUAUUAACUUAACUUGCAGAGUCAGCUUUACUGAGAGUGGUAAACCAUAGUGGAGUGAUUGAUCAGUGGGUCCACCACUACGUCUUUAUGUAAUAUUACCAUGAUUGUGGUAGCGUGUCUGCACAAUUCUCGGCUUAGAGGGGUUUCUCUCUACAACCUCCGCAAUAAUCGCAACUACUCCAACCUACGCUAUACUUAAAGACGUGAGGUAGUUCCCUGGUUUUUGAAUUGGAAAUUCAGUUUUUAUACUGAUGGUGCAACUAGCAAAAUUUAGUUCAUAGAAUUUUGUUCGAUCUUAGAAAUAUUAUUAUAUAUUAAAAUUAUUUUUAAGACUCGUUUAGGAUAUUUUUUUACUUUUACUAUAAGAUCAUUUUUAGUGUUUUUGACGUAGGUACUGUAAUCACCAUUCCACUUGUGGCUAGAAAUUUAGAAAAUUAUACUGGUACGUUGAAAUCGCUAUAAACACA